UCUGGCUAACUCGAUUGAUUUUCUAGAGCCUGCAAAGGAAAUGUUGACGAGCAUCAUCCCGGGGAGUGGGAGUCGCGAUGUUUACUCCUGGGUUUCUCGGGGAGCGUUAUUAGCUGCACAGCCGCGAUGCCGUAGACAAGCGGGGGGUCGCAGCGGGGAGGAAGCGGGGCGGCUGUAACCGAGGGUGGGAGGAUGCACUGGGCUGCUGGCUUCGCCUCUUCCCGGCCGUGUGUGGUUGAAAUCGGGCGGAAUCACAGCCUGCCCCUCGGGCUGUGCGCCUCGGAGCAGCAGCAGUCUUUGUAUGGCUAUAUCAUCGCCUUCCCUCUACAGGACUGCGGAGGCAUCAUGUCGGUGCUGGGCUCGGACUCCUGGUGGAAGAAGACCCUGUACAUCACCGGGGGGGCCCUUCUGGCUGCUGCAGCCUAUCUGCUGCACGAACUGCUCGCCAUCAGGAAGGAGCAGGAGCUGGACUCUAAAGAUGCCAUCAUCCUGCACCAGUUCUCCAGGCCGAAGAACGGCGUGCCCAGCCUCUCGCCCUUCUGCCUCAAAAUAGAGACCUACCUGCGCAUGCUGGAUCUGCCCUAUCAGAACUACUUUGACGGGAAGCUGUCGCCGCAGGGGAAGAUGCCCUGGAUCGAGUACAACCACGAGCAGGCCUCCGGCUCAGAGUUCAUCGUGGACUUCCUAGAGGAGAAGCUGGGCGUCAACCUCAACAAGAACCUCACUGCGCAGGAGAGAGCCGUGUCCCGCGCUGUCACCAAGAUGGUGGAGGAACACCUCUACUGGACAAUAGCCUACUGCCAGUGGGUGGACAACCUGGAGGAAACCCAGAAGCUGCUGGCGAUGAGCGGCCCCCUCAGCGACACGCUGAAGUGGCUGCUGAGCCACCUGAACGGCAGCAUGGUGCGCCGGGAGAUGUACGGCCACGGCAUCGGGCGCUUCUCCAAGGAGGAGGUGUACUCGCUGAUGGAGAAGGACAUGAGGACGCUGGCCACGCUGCUGGGAGACAAGAAAUACUUCAUGGGUUCCAAGAUGUCAACAUUGGAUGCAACAGUGUUUGGGCAUCUAGCCCAGGCUAUGUGGACUCUGCCUGGGACACGACCAGAGCAACUCAUUAAAGGGGAGCUGAUCAACCUGGCCAUGUUCUGCGAGCGCAUGCGGAGGCGGUUCUGGCCCGAGUGGUUUGUGGAGGUGGACGAUUUUUACUAUGACGGCGACAGCGAGAGCAGCAGCGACGGCUCCCCGACGGGUCUGCUGGACUUCGGCCUCUUCUCCAGGACUAACACUCUGGACGACAGCGACGCCAGCAGCCAGUCGGCCGGACACACGCACACGCACUCCCCGGACUCGGACCACUCGCUCUUCGACUCGGACGUCGGGACGGGGUCUGACAAUGACAUCCAGCUUAAGGAGGAGCUAAUGCCAGACCUGGAGGUUUGACCUGGGAGCCAGGAUGGAACGAUCAGCGCCACAGUUUCACAGCAGACCUGGCUGAGAGGCCUGAAACUGUUCCAGGGUCCCCCCCUCCACACACCCAGCAUGUGACCACUACCUGAUGGGCAGACUGGGUCUUUAUAUGCACAACACACACACUGAGCAUCACUAUGUUACAGUACCGUUGGUCUCCUCCCGUAACGUCGGAGCUGUCACAGUGACGGCUUCUCUUUGCCUUAUUUGUCUCAUCCUGAAGACGCGGAGGGCGACGCGGCGGUGGGACGUCGCCGGGUGGCGCAGACGAGACAGGUGGCGUUUCACUCGCCACGAAACGAUGCAACUAAUCACCGCUCUGCCGCGCGUCUCACGAACCCACUCGAACAGGUGGAGAUUGAUUGUGUGGCUAAAAGGACCAGAUGCUGCGUCUGGGCGGGUAACCAUCCACGUGCAGGUCCUCCGUGCGACUGAACUGUAUGUGAAGAGUCUGUAUCAAAAAUGUCUCAGUAGAGUAGAGGUCAGCAGGAAGGUGCCUGCUGUGAUCUUGUCAUCCUAAUUUACCUCUGCUCACUCAUUAUUUGCCUACUUUGUUAUUGGUGGUUUGGAAUUUUGCCCUUCAGUUUCAGCAGGUUUAAGGAGCUGUUGUUUCCAUAUUGGACCACUAGGUGGCGACAGACGUCAACCUGAUGCCUCCAUUACUCCGUAACACCAAGGUCUUUCCAACGUAGUUUCAGCACAGCAAACGGUUUCAUCUUUAGUCCCAAGUGUUAAUAAAGUGGCUUCCCUUCGUAGGGAACCUGUCGGUGUGUGUGACGUGGGAGCGCAUGCAUGUCUGAGUGCAGCAACAAAUCAGCCUUAGUGCUCAGACUAAGAAAAGGUGAUAGAAAUGAUUAUCAGUGCCACUUUAAUAACAUUGUUUCUAAGUCAUGUCAAAUAUAUAUAUCUAUAUAUUUUGUUGUCUUAUUUCUCUCAAAGAGAGAGGCUAUUUUGCACUAGUGGAAAUUUAUUUUCACCUUAGUUCAGUCUGCUGUGGAGGAAGAGGAUGGGCCACGAGAAUGGGAUGCCUCCGAUUGACAGGACGUCCGGAUAAUCACUGAGCUGCGAAGUCAUGAAACCAAAUCAAUAGAUUCUGAGCAAACAUGGACCAAAAUGUAUCAGGAAGUGUUUUGUUUCUGUCUGGCAUGCUAAACCUGGGGGGGGGGGGGUACAGUAGGAAAGCCAUAAAAAGAAUGUGGUGCAUAUAAAGUAGAAUAGAUGUGAUUAAAGGAUCUUGUCACUCAAAUGACAAACUGUAUUUAUUCACUUACAUACGGUGGUGUUGAGCCGCUCACCCCCUGUUCUCAUAUAUCUAUUUUUGGUCCCUGGCCUCAAUCACUGAGUUAUAUGAAUGGAGUCUCAACUGUAGAGUUGACAGCAAUGUAUAAUAACUUUUCAAAUUUCAACAUGAAACAUCUCCGGUUACAGUUUCUCUGCAGAACAAAUUGAUGGCGUUUUCAUAGAAUGUCUACAAAUAUUGACAAUAUAACACAAAAUUUUUAUUGUUGAAUACUAGGUGUGUAUGAACUACGUCCUGCUACUGGAUAGAGGUGUGUCUAUUGAACCUGCUGUAGUAAAUGCUACAUUAACAGGGACUUGAACAACUAUGUAAAAGGGAUCAUUUUUACAGACAGACUCAUCUGAGUCCACCUUCGUGUCCGUCAUCGCAUUCUUUUGGUUUUAUGGCUUCGUACAAUUUUUACAACUUGGGGGUGAUAGAAAAGUAUCUUUUUGUAAUGUGGGUGAGCAGAUGCUUUACAAUGAAGAAGCCUGAGUAGCUGAGUUAGUGACAGAUGCCAGAGCUGGAACCGGUCGGGACUCCAGAACCGGACUCUGUUCUGUGACCCCAUGGUUUUGCAUCCCAGCCCGUCUUGGCCUGGGUUGUGUGCUUUUCUGCCUGGCUGUUGUAUAGAGUGGGACUGCUUUAAUCAAGCCAUACUAAAACGAGACGCCCUGUAAAUACUGAACGUGUGAAGUGUACCCUACCGUGUGUACUGGACCGGCUGUUCUACCGGCGCAGUCCAACCAAACUGCAGCGACUGGAUGGUUUCAAUAAAGACUAGCUGUGACAAUUUUACAAA